ACUGAGUAUCUGACUGUCAUAUUUGGCAUUUGGAGAUUGGCAUUUGAACAACCCUGCAAGAGGGAAAAAUACAUACAUAGUUGUUGGAAAAGGAAAAGGAAAGGUUGGUCUGUCGUUGAAAGAUCGAAAUGUAUAACUUGUCAAAUGUGCUUAACUUUAUUAUCUGCAUGGCGAGCUUCAGCCAAUCUUUUGAUGGCACCUUGGCUGUAAAACGGGGCCCUCAUCAUCCACGGGGCGAAACUCGACGUGUGGAUCAGCAUUUGACGCACGAGGAGCAUCGCAUCGACGAUGAUCUAAAGGACAUGGGCAUACAGGCCAACCUCGAUGAUAUGAGUGAAGAGGAGAAGAUAUUCUAUAUGUUUAAGGCCCACGAUAAUGACAACAACAAUGCUCUUGAUGGAUUAGAGAUGAUUCAAUCGGCCAUGCAUCAUAACUACGAGUACUUCAAGAACAGCGAUCGCAAUGACUAUUUGCAGAAUGCCAACGACGAGUUGGAUCACUUUAUAGAGGCCAUUGAUAAGUUUCUAUUGAUUGCCGAUGAGAACAACGAUGGACUGUUGCAUUAUCCAGAGUUCGUGAAGGCCGUAACUGAGGGCAAGGAACAACUGGAGAGGAACAUGUUGCGAUAA